AUGUACGCCGUUGAGCAGGAUAGGGCCCAUCCGGUGCCGCCACCUCCUCCGCCCCUCUCAAUGGACCGCAUCUCUGCUCCGUCCGCCGCCUAUCCCACCCCGGGUUCGGGUCCUCUACGGUCCUCCGACCACCUGGCGCCUAUAUCAACCAUACACGAGGGCCGUAUCUGGAGCUUGCAAGUUGUCCAGCAGCCCAUCCGCGCUCGCAUGUGCGGUUUCGGUGAUAAGGAUCGAAGACCAAUCACCCCACCUCCGUGUAUCCGUCUCAUUGUACGAGAUGCGCACACAGAAAAAGAGAUUGAUAUCAAUGAAAUCGACACCUCGUUUUACGUGCUCACGGUCGAUCUAUGGAACGCCGACGGCACCAAUGAAGUCAACCUCGUGAAGCACUCGGCCACCUCUCCCUCCAUCUCGACCGCCAUGUCCUCCUCUUACCCACCCCCACCUCAGAGCAUGUCUCCUACCUACCCGCCCUACGGCCAAAAUCCGUACGGUCCGCCCGUCGGCUACCCGCAGAUGAAUAACUACUACGGCGGACAGCAGAUGGCAUAUCAAAAUCCCUACGGUCAGCCCGUGGGUUAUCCCCAGUACGGCUACGGGGGCAGUCAGAUGCCCACUGCCAUGUCACCCGCACAGCCUGUUUCGGGAGGCCCGGGAGGAAUGUUCACGCGCAACCUAAUCGGCAGCCUUAGUGCCAGUGCCUUCCGCCUGACGGAUCCGGACAACAAGAUCGGCGUGUGGUUCAUCUUGCAGGAUUUGAGUGUACGGACAGAGGGUACAUUCCGACUCAAGAUGAGCUUUGUCAACGUGGGUUCACCGUCCACGGAGACCAGCAACGGCGCCCCCGUGAUCAACCACGGCUCAGCGCCCGUCCUAGCUUCGGUCUUCAGCGAGCCCUUCCAGGUCUUCUCGGCUAAGAAGUUCCCUGGUGUGAUCGAGAGCACUCAGCUCAGCAAAUGCUUCGCGCUGCAGGACAUCAAGAUCCCCAUCCGCAAGGAUGGAGUGAAGGGCCCGCGCGGUCGCGGCGGCGAUGGUGAUGACGAUGACGGUGAUGACUAUUAA